GAAACACAUGUUUUCAACUGACUGGGUUGAUGAGAGUGGGGGACAGCUAAACUGCACAGCUGCGUGACAGGAAAACAAAAAGGAAACUAUAGCCUGUUGCUGUGUCAGUUUGUGAGGUUCAGUUUAGUGGGUUAAAUCACUCAGAAUUUCCAAUUUGCUCUGUUCAACACAAGAACUCAAAAGUGGCCCAUCCUCUAAAUGAGAACUGAAGGGCACCAAAGACCUCCCAAGACCAUGACCAGAAUACUAAUAUUGGUCCUGUGUGCGCUCUACUGCUGCCGAGCGGACAAUGUGGAGCUGCUCCGCUCCAAGAGAGGAACUCGUUUUUACCGAGGUGAGCCUGAGCGGAAGACAUCCAGGCGGGCACUUUUCAUUGUUCAUGUCCAGAAGCCUUCACCUUCCUUUGACCCCUCCCUACGUUGUGUGGAUAGUACGACAUCAGCCGUGCAUAGUUAUGGGGACACUUGGCUGCGAUGGAGGGGACAGCGUGUGGAGUAUUGCCGUUGUGCGUUAAGAGGACGAGAACUGUGUCACAUAGUGCCCGUCAUCAACUGCUACACAUCUAGAUGCUACAAUGGCGGGACGUGCAAGGAGGCCGUGUACUCCUCGGACUACAUUUGUCAGUGCCGCCCGGGCUUCACUGGCUCCCAGUGUGAGAUCAACACCAAAGAGAAGUGCGUUGUAGGGAGUGGGGACGCCUAUCGCGGCAUGUGGAGUAUCAGCAAGUCGGGAGCAGGGUGCAUUAACUGGAACGCCACCUCCCUCAGGGGAAAGACGUUCACCGCCAGGAAAGUGGACGCCAGCACCCUUGGACUGGGCAACCACAACUUCUGCAGGAACCCUGACCAUGACAGUGCUCCUUGGUGUUACACCUACAAAGGCACACAAAUCAUCUGGGAGUUCUGUUCCUUGCCCAAGUGUUCGGAAGAUAAAUACGAAGAAUGCAUGAGAGGGAUCGGUCUGACUUACAGGGGCACGGAGUCCGUCACUAAAAGUGGCGCCCGCUGUCUCCCGUGGGACUCUCCAGCCAUCAUGCGCAAGUACAACAAUGCGUGGAGGUCUGACGCCCUCAAAGUGGGACUGGGCAGCCACAGCUACUGCAGAAAUCCUGAUGGUGAUGCAGGUCCGUGGUGUCACACCUACAAGAACACGCGGCUGACCUGGGAGCUCUGUGAUGUACCUAAAUGCACGAGACGUCCAUCCACUACCACCCCACUGGGCCCUCGAGGUCCCACAACCAACAACAACAACAGAGGGACAUGCGGCCAACGUUUGGACAACACCCUGAAACAGCCUACCUUCCGCAUGUUCGGAGGCCGAGAGAGCGACAUCACCGAGCAGCCCUGGCAGGCCGCCAUUAACGUUUACCAGGCUCGUCUGCGCAAACAUUUCCACCGCUGUGGAGGGAUUCUCAUUGAUUCCUGUUGGGUCCUGUCUGCUGCACAUUGCUUCGAGGCCACGGACAAACCGUCAAAGUUGGAGGUCAUCCUGGGCAGGACGUUCCGCAAACAGAAUUCCAGCAGUGAGCAGAUUUUCAAAGUUGAAAAGUACUGGCUCCACGAGAAAUUUGACAAUGAGACUUUUGACAAUGACAUAGCUCUGUUGAAGCUGAAGUCGGACAUUGGCAUUUGCGCCGUGAAGUCUCCUGAGGUUCUUCCUGCAUGUCUUCCUGAAACUGGCCUGGUGCUGCCUGACUGGACCGAAUGUGAGAUCUCAGGCUACGGGAAAGACUCUGAGUUUUCUGCCCAUUUCUCUGAGCGUGUCAAGAGAGGUUUUGUUCGCCUGUGGCCCAGAGAGCGUUGUGUCUCUGAUGUGCUGUCUGGACGCACGGUCACUGCCAACAUGCUGUGUGCGGGCGAUACCAGAGGCCUGGAUGAUGCCUGCAAGGGAGACUCCGGCGGUCCUCUCGUCUGCCGCACCAACGACAAAAUGACCCUUAUGGGCGUCAUCAGCUGGGGUGACGGCUGUGGCCAGAGGGAUAAACCUGGCGUCUACACACGCGUCACCCAUUACAUCAACUGGAUUCAAAGUAAAAUGACGGCCAACCCGGUCUGAGCACUAAGACGAAAAAGAUGUGCAUUGUAUCUUAAACCAAAAUGGUGAGUGUUUGAAACUUGUUUAGAAGGUUCAAGGGACCAAGAGGAACUUCUGUCUGGAGCUCUUAACACUCACAGUAGCUCCAUGUUCUUCACUUCCUGUGCUUGAGGAGCCCAACGCGUCCGCUCACUAGUCAUGUUUUUUUUUUUACAUGCACGGAUGUGUUCAAUCAUUUUUGUCACCUCACCACAGUGGAGCGGUGUGACGUUACAGUGGUGGAGGUCAGUGGUCAGCAGCACUUGCGAUGCAAAAGGCUCAACACAGACAGACAGUUUGUGCGUCACAUACAAUUCAUAAAAUCUGCUGGUUCAGAUUCUGCUCCAUUUUUCCAUAUUUGAGGAUUCACAACUUGGACACAUGGGUAGAGCCAAGCAUGUACAUCAGCAUGUACAGAAUAAUGUCUGUAUUAUUACAUCCCCCCCCCCCCCCCCCCUCACACACACAUUUUCAUUAAUUGCUUAUCCCCAUUCAAAUAAUUUGUAUUCUUCACAAAGCUGUGUUUUUCAAACGUUUGUACUAAUUUAAUAUUUGUGUAUUUUAUAGAAACUUACAUGUGCUGUAAAUAAUUUAUUGUCUUAUAAUCAUAUCUGGUAAAAUAUAAUAAAUAUUUGGAGUUUA